AUGCUGGUUCCACAAUCAGAAGUCAAUGCAUUAACGGACUGGACGGAUCCACGCACGGGUCUUAGAUAUUGGCAACAGCUUUUGUCAAAGCUUUAUCAAGAACCUGUGUUCAAAGAGGAACAACCAGAAACACUCUUUCCAUCAGGAUCUGUCAUAACUAUGUUUGUAGGAAUGUGGCUCAAUGUAGCACUUUAUUAG